CGUUUUUUCAAACUAUCUUACAUACUCACAUGCCCAUAUGUACAUUGACAAGUUUAUAGGUCAUUUUAGUACAAUUUGCGUUUACACGGACAGUAUUUGUGUGUGCUAAGCCAUGGUCGCAGUAUAGUGACACAAAGAGGGAAUUUGGUACCAAAAAGCUUGGCAGGAUCCCCAGUUGAUUUACUUUACUGAAGUCUCAUUAAUUUUGGCUGAACUUUUAAAUUCAUGUUUUACACUGAAAGAGGACUGUGAAUUUUGUCCCACAUCCCUUACACUGAAAUCGCUUUAACGAGUGACACAGCAAACAAUAGCGCUUACAAUGUACAUCUGGACAUGUGAGUAUAAUUUUUAGGACAGGAUUAAAAACAACGUGUGUCCCUAUCCUUUAAGAGCAUGUAGGUUCAGUCGUAACAAACAUAACAACUAGCCAUAACAACAUAACUACGCCAUGGAAACAAUUAGUCAAGCAGAUAUGUAUUCCUUUAUCAGACAGUAAUCGGCAUCACCUUUACCUGAGUCCAUGUCUAUAUUGACACACCAAAACAUAGAGACAAGCAGUCUCAUACCAUACCCAAAUUAAAUCUGUCGUGUGGUCCUCUAGCAGUUUGUUCUGUCAAGGCCUGUCACCCAGUAAAUGACGUGCGGUAGUCAGAGACGACAAGGAGGCAGUUGCGGACACUUCCUGUUUCUUUAAACUGGCUGAUUAAUCAGAGGAAGACAAGACAACAGAAUGACUCCAUCUGUUUGGAGCAGACGCACGACUGAGAAAGGGUGUGAGCAUUUGAACAGUACAUCUUCAAUGGAAAACUUAACCCUGGCCACCAAUCAUUCAGAUUGUUACUCGGUUGACAACGCAUCCAAGAGGAAGCCUUUUAUAUUUUUCUACCUGGCUAUCAUCAUCACUGCCAUCCCGUCCAACGCCUUCUCCCUCUACGUGUCAUGGCAGCACAUUAGACAGAUGAAUGAGCUGGGUGUGUAUCUGUUCAACCUGGCCCUGAGUGACCUGACCUUCACUGUUGGUUUGUCUCUGUGGCUGGAAUUCCUGUGGCGAGGAGUUUGGGCCCACGGAGGUUACAUGUGUGUGCUUUCUGUCUACUUUCUCUUCACAAACUUUUACACCAGCGAUGCUCUCCUCUGCUGCAUUGCUGUUGACCGCUACCUGGCAGUGGUUCACCCAUUAAAGUACACUUCCCUGAGGAAAGUUGGCACUGCAGCAGCGGUGAGUGUUGCCAUUUGGGUGUUGGUGGUGUGUUUCAAUGCCACCACCAUCACAUGGGAGGACUCAUACCAGGAAAACAACAAGUUUCCUGUGUGCUUUGACAUCUUCCUCCCGCUGUCGGAGAAUCUGGCUCGUGCAAAUGUAAUGCGCUUCUUCCUGGGGUUUAUUGUUCCCUCUCUCCUGGUGGUGUUUUCCACCUGGGGGAUCUAUGCGGCUGUGAAAUCCAACCAGGCCACAGUGGAACAGGAACGUAAACGGAUUUCAAAGCUGCUGAACGUAGUUCUGCUCUGCCUCUUGUUCUGCUUCGGACCUAUACACGUCAUGAUGCUUCUCCGCACGCUGGUGGAUGACUGUAGGACUGUUGCAUGGCUCCUCUAUCCCUACAAGAUCAGCAUUGCUAUUUCAAGCCUCAACUGCCUUGCAGACCCACUCCUUUACUGCUUCAUUACUAGAACAGGACAGGCAAAUGUUAAUCAGGUUGUUCUCUUCUUCCAGAGAAAAAAGAGAAGCAAAGAUGAAGGCAUGGUGUAGGUUAAAUGCAGUAUAGGACAUGAUAAAUAUGAAACAGUUAUCAAAAUUGGUGAAUAUGAGAAGGUCUUCUCCAGACAUGUUCUAAGAUAUAUCAAAAUACUCUGCACUGCAGUUUUUAGCAAA